UUUUCAGCAGACGCAGGCAUGAACCAGAUCAAUGUUGAGAGGCUGACGGAGUUAAAUUGGAGAGGCAGCGAUGUCAUAAGGACAGUGGCGUUUCCUUUUGGUUUCAUAGCCACUGUUUAAGCCUAUGUUUGAUUCUUACUAAACUUUCAGGAGCUGUUUUGAAGGAGAUUAUGGAUUCUGAGAAACACCAUCUCAUCGAGGAUGAUACUACAACACACUCAAUGACAUUACUAGGGCCAUUCCCUGGGUCUGAGGAAGACAAAUGUCCCAGUUCAACAGCAGAGACUGGAGACAGACCUGCUGCAGCUGACGGGUGGCAACCUGUUACUGCUACUGGUCACUGCCAUGAGAACAACAGGGUUUCGUGGACAGAGAGUCGUGAGAAGCAGCUGGCCAAGAGGAAACUCAUCAUCGCCUCUGUUGUCAGCCUGGUCUUCAUGGUUGGAGAGGUAGUCGGUGGCUACGCGGCACACAGUCUGGCUAUCAUGACCGACGCAGCUCAUCUCCUCACAGACUUCGGUAGCAUCAUGGUCAGCCUCUUCUCUCUAUGGGUCUCCUCCAGACCUCCCACCAAAGCGAUGAACUUUGGCUGGCAUCGCUCAGAAAUCCUGGGUGCCUGUCUGUCAGUGCUGUCCAUCUGGGCUGUGGCAGGAGUGCUGGUGUUCAUCGCUAUCCAGAGGAUCCUUAACGAUGACUAUGAGAUCCACAGCCAGAUCAUGCUCAUUACCUCUGGCUGUGCUGUGGGGGUCAAUGUCUUAAUGGCCCUAAUCCUCCAUCAGUCCAGUCACGGCCCCUCCUACCACCGACCCCAUGACGAUACAGUCAACCUAUCACACGGCCACUCUCACGGACUCCCUGGUGGCCAUGGCAACACCAGCGUGAGAGCAGCUUUUAUCCAUGUAGUAGGGGACCUGUUGCAGAGUCUGGGGGUACUGCUGGCUGCUACCAUUAUACACUUCUGGCCUGAGUAUAAAAUAGCAGAUCCCAUUUGUACCUUCAUGUUCUCUGUGUUUGUGCUGGGAACAACUGUCACUAUCCUGAAGGACAUCUUCAGGAUACUCAUGGAAGGGGUUCCUAAAGGUAUCGACUUCAACACUGUGAGAGAAAUGCUGCUGUCGCUGAGAGGAGUCAAGGCCACACACAACCUCCACAUGUGGGCCCUCACCUUGAGCCAGUCACAGCUCUCUGUACAUGUGGCUAUAGAGGAAGAUGCCAGUCCCCAGCUGGUACUCAUGGAGGCCACCAAGCUGCUGCAGUCAGAGUUUGGUUUCUCCAGCAUCACCAUCCAGGUAGAGCAGUAUUCAGUAGAGAUGGUCUACUGCAUGCAGUGCCAGGACCCCACGGACUGACACCACUACCACCAUGGGGGUUGAGACUGAACUAUAGGGACCACUAUGGGAGAUUGACUGACUGAAUCCAUGAUGGGGUUAUUUGAGAACCCUGUACUAAAUCUAGCAUGUGCUGGCUAGCUACUCAAUUGAGAUUUAUGUUAAGUUUGUCAUGACAGACCACUAUGGGGCCAAAGACUCUGCGGACGAGAGGGCCUUCUCUAUCCUAUGAGAGUGAAGAGUUCUUCAAAGCCAAUGUCUGUACUGUAUGCCUGUUACAGUAUGCUGUGCGAGGUCACACAACUUUAUUUCAACAGGGUGUACUGUACAUUAUACACCAGGAACAUGAGGUGCUAUCACUUCAUGUUCCUCAUAUAGCACUUCUGUGGGAAAGCUCCUGUUUCGAUCAAUAUUGGUUUUUCUAGUAAGAUAACAGACAGAUAGACAAGGUCAACAGAAAGUAUCGUUGUCACAAAUAAUUAACAUGUAACACAAGGAAUGUUUUAUGUAAAAUAUCUGAUCAUAUUAAAUAAUUACAUGUAUCAUAUUUAUUUAGUUUAUGUUAUAUAACAGGUGUUGAAUAUUAACAUAAAUACUGAAACAUUUCAAUCUCAAACAUUGUUUUUUUAAGCUCAACUCAGAGGCUUACGCUGAGAGCCGAAAGCAGCUCUAAGUUGAAAGUUUUCCUAAAUGCUCUUCAGUUUGUAGACCUUUCAGUUUGUAGACCUUUCAGUUGGUAGACCUUUCAGUUGGUAGACCUUUCAGUUGGUAGACCGAUCAGUUUGUAGACCUUUCAGUUUGUAGACCUUUCAGUUGGUAGACCUUUCAGUUGGUAGACCUUUCAGUUGGUAGACCUUUCAGUUGGUAGACCGAUCAGUUUGUAGACCUUUCAGUUUGUAGACCUUUCAGUUGGUAGACCUUUCAGUUGGUAGACCUUUCAGUUGGUAGACCUUUCAGUUGGUAGACCUUUCAGUUGGUAGACCUUUCAGUUGGUAGACCUUUCAGUUGGUAGACCUUUCAGUUGGUAGACCUUUCAGUUGGUAGACCUUUCAGUUGGUAGACCGUUCAGUUGCCUUAUUUCCCUCUACAUUCUUACUGAUUUACUACCAAGGUGAGACCGUGGUGAUUUUGUGGGACUUCACCGAGAGGGUGAGAUUCAAUCCAAGGCAUUUAAAAGACCAGCACACUGGAAAGCCGACAAUUCGGCUUUGAAAGGAAAUUUCCAUGACGUCCGCGGAGAUCACAUUCACUGUAGACAUUGCGCAUGUAGACAUCAAGCAUGAAUUACCUUUAAAAGUCAAGAGCCAUGCACUGCUCUAUAACGUUCCUUGAAUCCAGGACUUGGCUGUUCAGGCUCUGAGUAAUGUGUUAUGCCUGGGGAACAGGCGCAGGGCGUUCUGUGUUCUCACCUCCAUCACCGUCUCCAAGGGAACCCCUUUUAUCCUACUGAUGCACUCAGCACAGACACAGAUGUUCUUCGACUCAUUUCUCACCUACAGUAUGUUUAAGACACAAAUCAGAGAGAAGAGUAGUGUUAGUAAUACCAUCUCUAUAAAAUAUUCUUAGAUGUAUAAAUCACUUUCCAAAAUUAUUUGAUCUACGACCACUUUCAAACCAGGAUAAAGUCAAUUGUUUAUGGAUUUCAAUCUAUGCUGUUGCUUUGUUUUUCUCUGACGGUGUGUUGGACUUUGUUUUUCUCUGACGGUGUGUUGGACUUUGUUUUUAUUGUGUGUC